AUGAGUACCGGGUGGGGUGUGGUGUCCUCUUAAGCCUAGGGUCUGCUAUGCUGCUGCCGGAUAUCACAGCGCCUGCGCCGCCUUCGCGGUGUGUCCAGUGAAGUGUGUGCUUUGUGUCACCCCUACAGCUGUCACUUGUGAGACGCCCGGCGCUUCCCUGUUUUGAAAAGUUGUAUUGGAGAGUCCGGUGUCUCCGGGGCGGCCCGAGCCUGGGGGGUGUGAUCUGCAGGGGGAGACACCGUGCCAGGCCCGACACACCAGCCAAGCCUAAAAGAUGAGCACCGAAGAGCAGUACCAAGCCAAGUACCCCCUGCAUGCCCUGGUUUGGAAUAAUGACUUCCUCACACUGGAGAGAGAGCUGCAAGGGAAGGAUAUUGAAGAGCUGGAUCCACGAGGCAGGAGUCCAUUACAUCUGGCCGUUUCCCUUGGACAUCUAGAGACUGCUAGAGUCCUCCUGAGGCAUAAAGCAGAUGUCACGAAAGAAAAUAAAGAUGGGUGGACUGUUCUGCACGAAGCAGUUAGCACAGGGGACCCAGAGUUGGUUCAAAUGGUUCUGCAGUACCGAGAAUAUCACAAAGCGUCCUCAGCUCUUGGAGGUGUACCCGAACUACUAAAGAAAACACUGGAGGCUUCUGAUUUUUAUGUGGAAAUGAAGUGGGAGUUUACAAGUUGGGUUCCUCUUUUAGCAAGAGUGUGUCCCAGCGAUGUCUGUCGGAUAUGGAAGAGUGGAGCCAAACUUCGAGUCGAUGCCACCUUGCUGGGAUUUGAGAACAUGAGCUGGAUCCGAGGAAAGCAUAGCUUUAUAUUUAAAGAGGAAGAUAACUGGGCCGAGCUCAUGGAGAUCAACCAUGACGACAAGACGGUUACCAAGGAACGCUUUGACAUCUCCCAGGAGAUAGAGGGCAUUACACUGGAUUCCAUGCUACCAGCAGAGCGGGACAUUAGCAAGAGACUCACCUCUCCAGUCAUUAACACCUCCUUGGAUACAUCAGCCAUCGCUUUUGAAAGAACCAAGGCAGGAUUUUGGGGCUGGAGGACUGACAAAGCAGAAAAUGUCAAUAGUUAUGAAGCAAAGGUGUACUCUGCAAAUAAUGUCAAUGUUAUCACCAAAACACGGACUGAACAUUUAACUGAAGAAGAAAAGUCACGGUAUAAAGCUGACAGAAACUUUUUGGAGUCAAUACUUGGAACCGUGGAGCACCAGUUUGGGGCUCAAGGGGACCUUACUACAGAGUUUGCCACAGCUAACAACCCUACAGCUAUAACUCCUGAAGAGUAUUUUAACCCUGAGUUUGACCUUCAAAACAGAGACAUCGGGAGACCAAAGGAGUUGACCAUUAGGACGCAAAAGUUUAAGGGCACUUUGUGGAUGUGUGAAGACUUCCCUCUGUCCUUGGUAGAACAAGUCACCCCUAUCAUAGACCUGAUGGCGAGAACAAGCUCUCAUUUUGCUCAUUUGAGGGACUUUAUAACAUUACAGUUCCCACCUGGGUUCCCAGUCAAGAUAGAAAUCCCUUUGUUUCAUGUUUUAAAUGCUAGAAUUACAUUUGGAAAUGUGAACUCUUGCACCCAGGCCGAGGAUUCUCCCAGUACUCCACAAGGGACACCUGAUGAGGAAGCUGCUGCACCACCAAAAUUUGAGGUUGAUCAGUCAGUCUUUGAGAUUCCACCAUCUUACCAUAUCCAGGAGAAUGGGAGGAGUCUUCACAUGCGGGAUGAAGAUGAUGAAAUCAUGCAGUUUGCCAUUCAGCAGAGCCUUCUAGAGUGCAGUGGAAAUCAGGUCAGCAUCUCCUCAUCACUUUUUUGCACUGAUGAUAAUGUUUUGGACAGAGUGGGAAAAGUUUGCAGGGCCUUGCAGGAAAGCCUUCUUGCCAACUCUCUAAGUGCCCAUUCCAGUCUUAGCAGCCACUCUCAAAGCUAUGACAAGGAGUUACAGUUUGCUAUGGAACUGUCCGCCAAGGAACAGGAAGAGAAGGAGAAGCAGCGUCUGCAGGAGGAGGCAGAGCUUGAAGAAAUCCUGCGGCUUUCUCUCAUGGAAAAAUAAGCCAUGUUGUUUUAUUGACCUGCUCUGGCAAAGGAACCUCCUAUGAUACGGGUCUAGCCCUCGUCUUCCUCUUACCAGCAGUGAUUCCACCAUGCGCGAGGGCCAAAAGAUCACUCCACAGACUCUGUAUCUACCAAAGAACUGUACACCUUUUGAAAUUUUUUAAUUUAAUGUUUUCCCUUUUUUGCUUUUAGGACUUGCACACUGGGGACUCUGCCUUCACCUUGCUGAUUUUUAGCUGUGCAAAUGUCAGCAAUGAACAAAGUCUCACUGAUAAAAAUCCAACAUUCAGGAUGUAAAUGGAUUUUGUUUGGUUACACAGACUUUUCUUUCUCUUUUUAUCAAGUCAAUGAAACACAAGUGUAUCCUUACCUUAUAUAAACAGAACUUCUGCUCAUCGACGCUUUGUACAGGGUGCUUAACAGAGUGUUGAAUGUUGGUAAGUCACAGAAUAUUUCU